AUGGGAUCUCAGCUCCUGCAGUCCUUCGAUUGUGCCAACGCCGUCUACGCAGCCUUCAGCGACGCAUCGAAAUACCAGAACAGAUGGGCUGCUUGCAGCAGCAACUCAGCUCCAAUGGAUAUCACGACUGCCUUCACCAUCUCUCCGUCUCUUCUGACCCAUUCGACGACACAUUUCGGCCAGGCCACCCCACCUGAAGAGCGCUCACCUGCAGACUCGCCCCGUGAGGCCAGGGAGGGCUCCAUCCCUGCAGAAGACAUCGUGAAUGAGUCGCUAUGGCCCUUAGCUGAGCAAGCCUACCUAAUAUCGCCUCCACAAAACACCCAGCAAAUGCGAUCGCUACCUGAGAACGAAAAACCGCGCCUGAAGCGCCGGAGCAUCAGCAGGCAAGCUCCUCCCACAGAAACACAGGCCAGCGUACCAACACGAGAGCGUGAGGAUGCAACUGCCAUCCCCCAGCCUCUUAAUCGUAAGCGUGGGCGACCAAAAUCGCGGCCUAAGAUGAUGGAAGCCUAUACUGCGGAAGAUCUCCUCUUCCAGGUCUCGUCUAGCCGCCAGUCAAAUCUCGAGAAGAAUCGGGUUGCCGCGCACAAGUGCAGACGGCGCAAGAAGGAUUAUAUGGAUAGCCUGGAAGGUCGGGCGCGGGAGUUCUCCGGCAAGAACAAAGUAUUGAAGGAGAACGUUGCUCUGCUUCGAGAAGAGGUCCUCCGUUUGAAACAUGGAGUUUUACAGCAUGCCGGCUGCGGCUUCUGGGCAGUUGACGAGUAUCUUGCUCAAUGCGCUGGACAUCUACUUGGUAUGAAAGACCCCCAUGGGUCACGCGCAAACUUGAUGCAUCACCAGCCAAUCCGUCCACGGAAAAAUAGCAACGAGUUUGCUCUUAGCCCAGGCAGCGUGAGUUUAGCUCAUGAUGCAGACGAUUUUGGUGGCCUCGAAGUACUACUCAAGGACUACGGCGGUGAACUGGACAUUCAACAAUGA